AUGGAUAAAAAUGGAGUCUUGGUAGUGAGUGGACGGACUGACUUGGCCACACAAAUGGAAAUGACAACCAGAAGACCCAUAAUAUUGCCAUCUAAACAUAGGUUGACUAAAUUACUACUGCAUCAUUACCAUGAACAAUGUGCUCAUCAAGGUAUCGAAACUGUAAUGAAUACUGCUAGACAAAAAUUUUGGAUUAUUGAUGGUAGAUCAGCCGUGAAGACCACAUUUGCAGAAUGUAAAAAAUGCCGAAUUUCAAAAGCUAAACCUGCAAUUCCACAAAUGGGCCAACUUGCGACAUUCAGAUUGACUCCACCAGCUCAUGCAUUCACAUACACAGGAAUUGAUUAUUUCGGACCCCUGUAUGUAACAGUUGGACGUCGACGCGAGAAAAGAUGGGGAGUUAUUUUCACCUGUUUAUCGAUAAGAGCUGUACAUCUUGAAGUAGCACACUCGUUAUCAACGGAGUCAACGCUUAUGGCAGUAAGACGAAUGUUAGCAAGAAGAGGACAACCUCUGCAAAUUUAUUCCGAUAAUGGAACUAAUUUUAGAGGAUCCUCUGAGGAACUGAAGAAAGCUGUAAAAGAAAUGGAUAAGGAGAAUUUGAAACGAGAAAUGUUAGUGAGAAAUAUUGAAUGGAAAUUCAUUCCACCUGCUUCUCCCCAUAUGGGCGGUGCAUGGGAGAGACUAGUGAGUUCAGUGAAAACUACAUUUUAUGUUAUUCUCAAUAAUCAGAUAUUGAAAGACGAGCUACUUCUCACCUUAUUUGCAGAAUGCGAAAAAAUUGUGAACUCUAGACCAAUCACGAAAGUAUCUGUUGAUUCUGAUGACUUGGAGGCCUUAACACCAAACCAUUUUCUUUUGGAUGCUACAAAUUAUUCGACAGCUUUCGAAUCUGAAAAUGGAAAUUUAAUGGAACAAUGGAGACGAGCUCAAGAGUUAAGAAACUCGUUCUGGAAAAGAUGGACGAGGGAAUAUCUACCGACUUUGACCAAAAGAACGUAG